UUCUCCGGCUAAAGGAAGAAGAGAAGAAGAAGAAGAAGAGAAGCUACGACAAUGCCUCCUCGCACGGCAAAAGACAGAAAAAACCCCAGGCUCCCACCGGAGGUGACUCGCCUACUCUACGUUCGUAACCUUCCCUUUAGCAUAACGAGCGAAGAUAUGUACGAUCUCUUUGGAAGGUACGGGGCGAUUCGCCAGAUUCGAAUCGGUUGUGACAAGAACACAAAAGGCACUGGUUUCGUCGUAUUCGAGGAUAUCUACGAAGCUAAGGAAGCUGUUGACCAUCUUUCCGGCUUCAACAUAGCGAAUCGGUACCUUAUUGUGCAGUAUUAUCAACACGCGAAGAUGAGCAAGAAGCUUGACUUGAAGAAGGAAGAAGAGGAGAUUACUAAGUUGCAAGAGAAGUAUGGAGUCUCUACUAAAGAUAAGUAAUCGAUGUUCUUGUGGUCGUUGCUGCGAUUUAGGGUUUUGUUUUUUUAAUAGCCAAUUAGGGUUUUAAUUGUGGGUUAUGUGUUUUGAACUAAUUUGCUCUUGUGUCGUUUAACUACGAAUUGGCUAUUACUAUUACGAAUUUUUUGCUUUGAUGCAGUUGAUGAUUCUUGGUUAAUAUCCAUGUUUGGAUGAUCGUCAAAGCCAAAGGUGAUGCAGCCGCAUCGUUAUUACUUGGUGGACAAGACAUGUUUUAGGGAUUUUAGGAUUUCCUUCUUUUUUUUUAAUUUCCAUUCAUCUAUAUUUUGGAUAAUUUAUAUAUCUAGGGUUUUGGUGUUAUGGCUUAUAUAAAGCCUUUUUGUUUCUUCUUUAUGAGUUAGUUGUUGAAGUAUUGAUAAAAUCGAGAGUUUAUUUCUUUGCCUUGUGUUGAUUUGAUUCUCUCGAGUAUAAUAAGUCUAACGCACUUCUGCCACUUUCUAUAUGUUCUGUCAGUGUUCACUACGUUGCUUUUGCUUUUCUUCUUCGAGAGGAGAAAGAGCUUUUUACCGAUGAGAAGAAGAGACCGACAUGGUUGUAAUGGGCCGAAACUAAAGCCCAUCUUUGGAUAUUUUAAUUCUAAUCACAUAUCUAUGGGCUAAACCCAAAUUUAUAGAUGGUUAAAUUUAGUACUAUUUGUAGAUGGUUAAGUUUCGUGUUUAUUCAUAGAUAUAUGGUUGAAAUUUUGAAGUUAAUUUUCAUUCAAUGGAAACAAAGUGCAUAAGGUUUCAUGUAUUUGAAUACUUAGUAUAU